UAUUUUAUAAUGAAGCAUUUAAGCUUACUGUGUCUUAUAUUUUUAAUCAGGCAAAUAAGUGUAGAAACACAAUAUCUACCAGGAGAUCAGCACCAAACGGAUUCUCAUUAUCUAAAUAUUCGGGAAGAUGGUAGUUAUAAGUACGCGUUUGAUACCAGUAACGGCAUAGAAACCGAACAAAGUGCAAAUGAAAACAAUGAAGUUACGGGACAAUAUAGUUAUUUUGAAAACAAUAUACCUCACAAAGUCAAAUAUACAGCCGGAGUAAACGGUUUUCAGCCGGAAACAUUUUCCGCUGCUACAGCAGAAAAUAGUGCAAAUUACUUAAAAUACUACGAUGCAGUAUCAACUGCAUCAUCUGCUCCAUAUAACUUGCAUAACGAUUAUAAGAAACCUGUGCAAGGUGAACCUACAUAUCAAUUUGUACAAAAUGCUUUAAGGACUAUGCAAACUCAGCCAGUGCAGUUAUCCUUUAGUUCUCAACAUGGAUUUCCACAGCGAUUUUAUAACCACGAAGUGAACUCGAAAGCAGAAAACAAACCGACAUUGACUUUGGAUGCAUUAUCAUUACCUUUGAUUGAAGACCAAAAAUUUAAUGCAGUGGCCCCUAAACUUUCGCAACAUGAACCUGCAA